CCUUUACAAAGAAAGAGGGAAAAAGGUAUAUAAACAGGGCCCCAGGUCGACGGAAGGCGUCAUUGGGUGUGCAAUUCGAACGCAAAGCAAGCCCUUUUGCUCACUAAUCAGAACUUCAUCACCCCCUUAACCCUUUGGUACAACAUCCUCGAAGAUGGCAAAGAUAGCUGCAGAAGCAGUUCCUCAACUCAAAUCUCAAAUCGAUGCCCUCACCUCUGACCCUGAUGGCGCCCCCGGUGUGGUCUUUGCUGCCGUCAACAAACAAGGCGAGAUCAUAUUCGAACAUGCUAGCGGCAAGGUGGGCCAUGGAAAGUCACAGCCCAUGACCAUGAACAAUGUGUUCUGGAUCGCAAGCUGUACCAAGAUGAUCACGGGAGUUGCCUGUAUGCAGCUUGUCGAGCAAGGGAAGUUGGCGUUGGACGAUGUAGAGCUGGUGGAAAAGCUGGCUCCGGAAUUGAAAGCCGUGCAAGUCUUUGAAAACGGCAAGUUGGUGCCCAAGAAGAGAGGCAUCACCUUGAGAAUGCUCCUCUCUCACACGGCCGGCUUCGGAUACUCGUUCUUCGACCAGCGCAUCAACGAUUGGGCCGGGCCCCUAGGUAUCGACGAAUUCUCUGGUUCCUAUCACGACUAUCUAUCCCAGCCACUCGUAAACCAACCAGGUGAGACUUGGGAAUACGGAAUCAACAUCGACUGGGCGGGACAACUCGUGGAACGGGUUUCUGGUCUCAAACUCAACGACUACUUUCAACAGCACAUCUUCAAGCCCAUGGGCAUCACCCACAUCAAUUUCUUCCCCACCGAGGAAAUGAAAGCCGACCUUGCGUGGAUGAACUCGCGUGCUCCAGAUGGAAAACUCUCCCUGUACGUCAAUGGGCAUUUGAACAGGCGGCCACUUUAUGCGACGACGAAGGGAGAGAUUGAUGCGACGUUCCACGCAGGUGGGGCCGGCUGUUUCGCGAGACCCAGCCAGUACUGCCAGAUUAUUGCCAUGUUGUUGAACGAUGGAGUGCAUCCGGGCACCGGCAACAGGAUCUUGAAGAAGGAGACGGUGGAGACCAUGUUUACGAACCAGAUCCCUGAGAUGCCCAACUAUGGAAGACAGGGCAUCUCUCCACCGAAACUCGACAUGUCGAAUCCCCUUCCCGAACUAUACCCAGAGCCGCACGACGUCCCGCAAGGCUGGGGACUGACCUUCUUCCUCCAUCUACGCGACUCGGCGGUCCAUAGUGAGGGGACAGGCUGGUGGGCGGGAUUGCCCAAUCUGUUCUGGUGGGCCGAUCGCAAGAGGGGUCUCGGCGGCAUCAUCGCCUCACAGAUCGUGCCAUUCGGUGACCCCAAGAUCCUCGGGCUCUGGGCACAGACUGAGGCCGGACUGAUCCAGAAUCUCAAGUAGAGAGGGACGAGAGGAGAGAAGCGGGACCCCCAAAUGUAAGGCGAAGAGGGGGGUGGAGAAGCUUCAGAGUGGGAAGGGAAAUCCGGGAAAGGUGAAGGUGUCGUUCAAAAGGACGCCUGCCUCAUUACGAAAAGAAACUGGGGACUUCUCUGGUUUUGGGUGCCUCCGGUAUCUGAAUUGUCAGGACCACCAUAACUAUGGACCAGUCUCGUGGUACUGGAUUUACGGGUAGUAGUCCGUACCUCAUGCUGCAUUCGUAGCACGUUAAUCAAAGCGAAGCAAUCAUAUGGUGAAG